AUGGACUCCGGCGGCGGGGGAGGCGGGGCCACGGCAAUCCGGGUGCCGUACCGCCACCUCCGCGACGCCGAGAUGGAGCUAGUCAGCCUCAACACCACCUCCUCCAGCCCACGCGCUCCAAAGGACCACCAGACGCGCCGGGAGGGCGAGGACGGCGGCGGGGCGGGCAGCAGGAACGGCGACACUCCCAAGUACCGGGUCGUGCUGGCAUGCAUGGUCGCCGCGGGAGUCCAGUUCGGCUGGGCGCUCCAGCUCUCCCUCCUCACGCCCUACAUCCAGACUCUAGGAAUAGACCAUGCCAUGGCAUCCUUCAUUUGGCUCUGUGGCCCAAUCACCGGUUUCAUAGUUCAACCUUGCGUUGGUGUGUGGAGUGACAAGUGCCGCUCCAAGUACGGAAGGAGACGGCCCUUCAUUUUGGCUGGAUGCAUAUUGAUAUGUGCCGCUGUAACUUUGAUCGGGUUUUCUGCAGACCUCGGUUACAUGUUAGGGGAUACCACCGAGCACUGCAGUACAUACAAAGGUCUAAGAUAUCGAGCUGCUAUUAUUUUCAUUCUGGGAUUCUGGAUGUUGGACCUUGCAAACAAUACAGUGCAAGGACCUGCACGUGCCCUUUUGGCUGAUCUUUCAGGUCCUGGUCAAUCUAAUUCGGCGAAUGCAAUAUUCUGCUCAUGGAUGGCCGUUGGAAAUGUUAUUGGCUUUUCAGCUGGUGCAAGCGGGAACUGGCACAAGUGGUUUCCUUUUCUAAUGACAAGAGCCUGUUGCGAAGCUUGUGGUAAUUUGAAAGCAGCUUUCUUAAUUGCAGUUGUAUUCCUUGUGUUUUGUAUGUCUGUUACCCUUUACUUUGCUGAAGAAAUCCCGCUGGAACCAAAGGAUGUACACCGGUUAUCUGACUCUGCCCCUUUACUGAAUGGCUCUAGAGAUAAUGAUGGUGCAUCGAGUGAACAAACCAACGGAAGAGUUAACGGUCACGCGGAUGCAAACAAUGCUCCAGCUAGCUCCAGUCCUGAGGAUUUUGUAGAUGUGGGCUCCAACUCGAACAAAGACACCGUUGAGGCUUUCAAUGAUGGACCAGGAGCGGUUUUGGUUAACAUUUUGACUAGCAUGAGGCAUCUACCUCCUGGAAUGUAUUCCGUGCUUCUGGUUAUGGCUCUCACAUGGUUGUCAUGGUUUCCCUUUUUCCUUUUCGACACUGACUGGAUGGGGCGUGAGGUUUAUCACGGGGACCCAAAUGGAAACUUGAGUGAAAGGAAAGCUUAUGACGAUGGUGUCCGAGAAGGUGCAUUUGGUUUGCUAUUGAAUUCAGUUGUCCUUGGGAUUGGCUCUUUCCUUGUUGAUCCAUUGUGCCGUAUGAUGGGCGCUAGAUUGGUUUGGGCAAUCAGCAACUUCAUAGUGUUUGUCUGCAUGAUGGCUACGACAAUACUAAGUUGGAUCUCAUUUAACCUGUACUCAAGUAAACUUCAUCACAUCAUCGGAGCAGAUAAAACAGUCAGAAAUUCAGCGCUGGUUCUUUUCUCUCUUCUCGGAUUGCCACUCUCUAUCACUUACAGCGUUCCGUUUUCUGUGACUGCUGAGCUGACUGCCGGAACAGGAGGUGGCCAAGGUUUGGCCACUGGAGUUCUAAAUCUCGCUAUCGUCGCUCCUCAGAUAGUAGUCUCACUCGGAGCAGGUCCAUGGGACGCCCUCUUCGGGGGAGGGAACGUCCCCGCAUUUGCCCUGGCUUCGGUCUUCUCGCUGGCAGCCGGAGUGCUUGCAGUGCUAAAGCUACCUAAGCUGUCAAACAACUACCAAUCCGCCGGCUUCCACGUUGGCUGAACCGGAAACCAGCGGCUGUUUGUAAUAUCCAGAUACUUAGUCCCAACACUACUAAACCCCGUAGCCCAUUUUGACAUUCGUUAUAUGGAAAUGAUUCAUUUUUCCCUCCCUGCGGGAUACAGAAUAAGACUAGAAGAUAUAGAGAUUAGGGUAGAGAGAUAGUUAGGCCUUUGUGCAUACAAGCAAGUCAAUGCGAAGUUGUAAAAACAAGCUGUGUCUACAUGUUUUGUUGACAGUAUAUUCAAGAGAAACUUUUACACUGGCA